GGAAGGAGGAAAGAGGGGGGUAGAGAGAGGGAGAGAGGGGGAGGGAGAGAGGGAAGGAGAGGGAGAGGGAAGAGAAUCUUCAUCAGCCCUCAGUCAGGUGGAUGCCAGCAAGCGGGUGGGUGGAGGGACGGGGACAGGAGCGCUUGUGAAGAUGAAGGGACUGGCCGUGUGUUCGCGGGACGCGAUCAAAGUGGGCGAGCUGGAGAAGCGAAGCGAGAGCCUGCUGCAGCUGUGGAAGAGGAAGCAUUGCACACUGACCCGGGAGAGCCUGGUGCUGGCGGACGGGGGCAGCGGCGGGGGCAGCAAGGCGGGGUGCGGGCGGCACAAGGAGCUGGGCUUCGGCACCAUCCUCAAGCUGGAGUGUGUGGAGCGCAAGGGAGCCCGCGUCUACUUCACCAUCGUCACCACCGACCGGCGGGAGAUCGACUUCAGGUGCCGGGACGACAGCUCGUGGAACGCCGCGAUCACCGUGGCCCUGGUGGCGUUCAAGAACGAGCAGGCGGUGCGGGAGUCCCACGCCCGCAAACCCGCCAAGAGGUGGCGAGGAUGGGCGGCAUGAGGCUACAAGCUGAACUGAUUAUCAAAGCAACGCUGGUGUUGGGACCAAUUGUGAAUGUUUUUGGCUCCGUGUUUCAAAGUAGCAGAACCCCAGAGGGUCCCAACUUGGACCCCCCCCCACCUCCCUCAACCCGACCACUAACCCAACGCCCAACGUGACAACAAGUUGGAGGCUCUCCGCUCAGCAUGGAAGGAAUUGGGAAGAACGACUGGCCCUCCACAUUGUCACCAGAAAGAAGACUUGCUUAAGAAGGAACUGCAGAUGCUGGAAAAUCGAGGGUAGACAAAAUUGCUGGAGAAACUCAGCGGGCGAGGCAGCAUCUAUGGAGUGAAGGAAAUAGGCAACGUUUCGGGACCCGACCCGUAUAUGCUGCCUCACCAGCUGGAGUUUCUCCAGCAUUUUUUAUCCACCACCAGAAAGAAGAAAGUGAGUUGACUUCAGCCAGGUGGACGUUAGAUGUGAAAAUGCCUUGUUUUCCCCUCGUCUCCAUCGGAACAGGACUGGGCCAAUAUCCAUGGUGGAAUCAACCAUCCGAGAUUUACUAAACAAUCUCCACGAACUAAAUCCCGGGGAGUAGCAGUGAACUUGGAUGCAAGGAAAUAUAUUUCAACCCCCUUUCUUUGAACAAUUUGUGACAAGGGGUAGCAGGCGUGGGAUGGCUGAUGAAGCGGUCAAGAGUUGACCUGUCGUUUUUGUAUUGGCAUUCCCGUCGGGACGUGGCAAGGGAUGGCACGGGGGUGGGGGGGGGGGGGGGUAGUUUAGGGCCUGGGGCACAAGAGAACAGAUGACAAAAGCCCCAGGAAUAUCCCCGACCAAAGUCUGAAUUGAGGAUCAACUGGGGACCCUGGAGGUUCUGAGAGAUUGAUUCAGAAUCCUCGGAUAAUAGAAACAUAGAAAAUAGGUGCAGGAGGAGGCCAUUCAGCCCUUCGAAUGGGCCGAAUUCGAAUGUAGGAAAUUAAUCUCUUGGAGACCUUAGGGCGCAGCGGUAGAGAUCCUGACCAUGGGUGCUGUCUGUACGGAGUUUGUGCAUUCACCCUGCGACCCGCGUGGGUUUUCUCCGGGUGCUCCGGUUUCCUCCCGCACUCCAAAGGCAUGC